AAACGUAAACGUCCGAGUCCGACAGCAUUGCGGACAGAGUUCAUCGAGCCUUAUCGGCAAUCUUCGACAGUCGCCAGUGAUAGCAGUGCUUUAAUGCUAUUAUGAUGUCAUAAAUGUUUUUUUUUUAUUUUUUUUUAUUGUAAACCGCAUCAACGUUAAACGUGUGCUUGUAGGGAAUGCCAAACAAUUAUUACUAUUAAGUAAUUAUUAGUUAGUGGCGUUACUCGCGUUAGUGCAUUAUUAGUCUCCUAACCAUCAACAGUUCCCGUAGAAUUUUCAACGUUAUUGUUUGUCUCACCCUCACAUCGUUCGAUUACAUCGUAAAUAUUGUCGUUUUCGUCCUAUUGUCCUAUACCGCUACGUGACACACACUAUAUAGCUCACAGUGCUCACACGUACUGUAUGAACACUACUAUUACACUUGUUGACAAAAGACAGAAGGCUGAAGCCGACUAUAAGUAUAAGUGUUUGAAUAAUUGAAGAAAUGGCUGAUCCUGGAUUUCCAAGUCAACAUACCACAACUACUACAGUCACCAAUACUGAAAUUAUCUCAAACCUGAGAUAUGACAAUGCAUAUCUAUACACACUUGAAGGAAAAUUGAAAAUUGCCCAAAUUGUGUUUGUUUUAUUAAGUCUAAUAGCAGUGUCAUUUUCUACAUACAGUAUGUGGUAUCAAAAUAGUGCCGUCACUUCAAUAUCAAUGUUUGGAUUUUGGUUUUCGUUAUUCAUGUUGGUAUUCUAUAUAUUUCAUGUGGUAGAAUGCUUUUAUAAAAUACCGUGGCUUAAAAUUGAGAUGAUUUUUAAUGUUUGUUGGCCAAUUCUUUACAUUUUGUCGGCAUCCUCUGCAGCUGCUUAUACUGGUUUGCAUUUUAGCUACAUGAUAAGUUUGUUAUUUGGAUUUGCUGCAAUGUUUGCCUAUGGCUAUGACGCUUUAUUGAAAUAUCAAGCAAUACAACGCGGAGAAAUUGCGCAAGGAAACAUAGCAGUUCAUAAACAAACAACCACAUCAACAGCAUCAUACUGAUAUACACAAUAAUGAGAUGGUAUUACUCUGUUUUGUUUACUAAUUUCUAUAUAUAUAUAAUUCAUCACCAUCUAUCAUAUUUAUUUUACUAAUAUUUAAUAUAUAAUAAUACUUUUUAAUCAAACAUCACAAUCAUUUUUGUUAGAAAUCAAUAUAAUAUAAUUUAAUAUUUAUACUAACAUAUAUUUUUGAUGACAUUUUAUGGCUAUUUUUGAAAUUAUUAUUCGUAUGCCAUUACAAAAUAUCAUUUAAUUUUCCAAGAGCUGAUUAUUUGGUUUAUGAUUCACUGUAGAAUAUGUAUUAGUAAAAAAAUAUACAUAACUGUUUUAAAUAAUAUAAUUGAUUAUUUCACUUUAAGAAAUUUAUAAAAUAAAUAUAUUUGAAUAAUUCAGUUUUUAUAAUUACUUAUUUAAGUACUUAAUUAGAGGCUCUUACAGUAAAACUACAUAAAUCAUUUUAUUUAAAAUUUUUAAACAAUGUAGAAUUACAGAAAACUUUA